AUGGCUCUGCAACUGCAUCAUGAAAAUGUAGUAAAGUUGGAGGGCUACUGCCAUGAAGCCCAAAAGAAAGUGGUGCAGAACAAUGGAAGAUAUAUUGUUGCAGACAUUGUUGAAAGUUUACUCUGCUACGAGUACUUGCCGCAGGGGAACCUUCAGAAGAAUCUUUUUGAAGUAUCCAAUGAUGGAAUGGACUGGGACACACGCUUCAAAAUCAUCAAGGGGAUCUACCAAGGUUUAGCCUUCCUACACAGCAUUAACAUUGUCCAUAUGGAUCUUAAACCUGAGAACAUAUUGCUGGAUGAUAAGAUGAUCCCGAAAAUUGCGGAUUUCGGUCUCUCGAGACUCUUCGGCCAAGAACAAACACGGAUGAAAACACAAAAUGUUGUUGGAUCGUAG